AAGUCGCGAUGCCAAGCUGAAAGGACAGCUGCUCAGCGAAAGUGAAGGUCUUCUGAGCGCGUUGAGACUGCCGAAUGAUCUAGCACCAGCAACACCAACUGUGGACAGUGCUUCUGAGAAGAGUGAUCGUUGUGUUGAGAAGUCUCCGAAACAUAUGGAAUUUCUUCGUAAAGCCGGCAUGAUCAAACUUAAUGAGUCAGCUUCUACACUGCACACUGUUGGUCUCCCGUCGUCGCUUCAGAACUCUAUUGAAAAAGCGAUUUUGCAGAAUUUUAUGGCCUCAUCAAUCAUGGUUUCACCUCCUCAUAUGGUGCGCGGAGCGAUUAUCGAAGCAGCCAAUCUUCCGAAAGAAAUGUUCCCCGCAUUCAGCGAUUCCACCACUCAAAAUGCUUCAUCAACUUAUCUCACAGGCCACGGACUUCUAGCAUUUCUAGCGAUUUUCACGAAAUGUCACUUCAAGAAGUCAUCAAAUGAGUGGCCAAUCCGUGUCCUAAGCUCAGGUGCUUCAUAUCGUAACCGUACGACAACGACAACAACCAGCGAUAAAUCGUUGAGUUUAUUCACUGCUGGUCAACGCAAAAAAGUGGCACAAUUGAGUAUAUGCUACAGUGAAGAACAAGAAUCAGAUGAAUAC